GUGAACGUGUAUUCAGUGUAGAUUCUCUUCUUUCGUAUGUAACGUGUCUAUCUGUUCGCUAAGUUCAAAGUUCAACAGACAGCCGUGCUUGGAAAACGUUCUGACGAUUUUCCGAAGAAUCGAGAAAGAAACUAAUUUGAAUUAAAUAAAAGAGGUGGAGAGAACACGUGGACGAGUUUCGAGUGGGAAACCAACGUGCAAUUCGCGGGAAUUCUAAUCAAAUUCCGCGCCGAUCUUCGUCUCCCGGGUAAUCGAGCGUCACGUGACACGAGAUUAGCCGAAGCAGGCAACGAAGGUACCGAGGUUAUAAAUAGCGGCCACCAGGGAGCGGGCAGUCUCUUUUACUUUCCAUAGUGGAUCAUAGUGCAUUUGCUCCGCGCUCGGCCGACUAUUACGUUCUGUGCUGUGAUUGUGUUAGGGUUUGCUCUCGUGCGAGGCUAAAAGUAGGGUGUAGAGGUCGGACCGAAUUUUUCUUCGUCUCCGUUUUCAUUGUUCCACGACGUCGUAACCGUGAAACGAGUCGCGACACGUGGACCGAUUAUUCGACCAGGGACAAAAUAGAAGAUAACUGGUCAACGACGAGCACGAAAAGAAGGAAAAUGCCGGAGACUGCUCAUCACAUGAACGGAUACGCGAACGGGCACACGCCGCCCGAGCUGCAACAGGAUACAAGUUUUCUCUUCACCUCAGAAUCCGUCGGCGAAGGACAUCCAGAUAAAAUGUGCGAUCAAAUAAGUGAUGCUAUUUUAGACGCACACUUGCAGCAAGAUCCUGAUGCAAAAGUGGCUUGUGAGACCGUGACAAAAACAGGAAUGGUACUUUUAUGUGGUGAAAUUACAUCGAAGGCUGUGGUGGACUACCAAAAAAUUGUACGGGAUACAGUUAAACACAUCGGAUAUGAUGAUUCCUCGAAAGGUUUUGACUACAAGCUCUGCAGUGUUCUAUUGGCGCUUGAUGCCCAGUCACCAAAUAUUGCAGCAGGAGUUCAUGAAAACCGUAGUGACGAAGAAGUGGGCGCAGGAGAUCAGGGUCUGAUGUUUGGAUAUGCAACAGAUGAAACCGACGAGUGUAUGCCGCUGACUGUUGUGUUGGCGCACAAGUUAAAUCAGAAAAUCGCGAAAUUAAGGCGAAGCGGUGAACUAUGGUGGGCGAGACCAGAUUCAAAAACGCAAGUUACUUGUGAGUACGUGAUGGAUCAUGGUGCCUGCGUACCUAUAAGAGUGCAUACAGUGGUGGUAUCGUUGCAACACAGUGAAAAAAUUGGUUUAGAAGAAUUACGUAAGGCAGUUAUGGAGAAGGUUAUCAAAGAGGUAAUCCCAGCAAGGUACCUUGAUGACCGAACAAUUUUCCAUGUUAAUCCAUGUGGGUUAUUUAUUAUAGGUGGACCACAGAGCGAUGCAGGUCUCACAGGUCGCAAAAUCAUAGUUGACACCUACGGAGGCUGGGGUGCUCAUGGUGGUGGUGCAUUUUCUGGUAAAGAUUUCACAAAAGUCGAUAGAUCUGCUGCUUACGCUGCGAGAUGGGUUGCCAAAUCUCUAGUAAAAGCUGGUCUAUGCAGACGUUGUCUCGUACAGGUUUCUUACGCGAUUGGAGUAGCGGAACCUCUUUCAAUCACAGUAUUUGAUUAUGGUACAUCAAAAUUAUCUCAAAACGAGCUUUUAAAUAUAGUUAAUAAAAAUUUUGACUUACGACCUGGAAAGAUUGUAAAGGAAUUGAAUCUUCGUAAUCCAAUUUAUCAACAAACCAGUACGUACGGUCACUUUGGUCGAGAGGGAUUUACUUGGGAACAACCAAAAGCUUUAAUCCUCGAUUGAUGAGAGUGUAAACUUUAAAUUGGUUUGACGUUUUGCUUAUUAGAAAAACGUCGAUGAAAAAGCUCGCUCUGAAUAAUCUUAAUAUCUCGUAAAAUUGUUUUCCGAGAUUUUCCAACUUCCGCGCUACAUUCGCCAAGUCUAUCGCGAUUCCUUUUGCCAACCUAGAAUACUAGCAGGAAUAAUGACACUAGAUUUUUCCACAUCAUCAGAUAUAUUUGGUAUUAUGUGGUUAUAGUACAAAUUUCGUUGUCCCAGUACGCAGACGAAGACACAGAAACGGUCAUCAUUUUUCCUUGAAAUAUUUGGAAAAUGAAUGAGGAAUAGUUUAUCGAUCAUUAGGUGUAAAUGAAACUACUCGACAAAGGGAAAGGUGAAUAAAAAAGAAAAAUAUAUAUCAGCCUGUCGGUUGUGAGUCUGUGGCCCCAUACGUGCGUUUGUUAAUCACGUACCAUAUUUUAUUUGCCAGUAGCAUGACUCAUUACUGUGGCUUGUAAGUGAUGUGUGUUGGAAGUAGAAAUGAUUAAAGGAAGAACAAAUUAUCAAAGGACGAGAAAAAAAAUGUUCCAUAAUUGAUAAAUACAUAAAAAUUGGCAACGUAUUGCGGUGCCUCUAAGCAAAAAACAUUUGAGAUGAAAAGUAACGACUAAAUGAAAUGAAACGUUCUCUCAAAUUUUUAGCGGUAUUAGUACUUUAUUGUAAACGUACAUGAAAGUUUCACCCAGAUCUGCUUUUAAAGUGUGAAUGUAAUAUUUUAAUAACCUUGUGUUUACCUUUCCCAGCAAUUUUAGUCAAUAACGAUAAUAAAUGGUGCUCUCAUGUACGUUUUCUUUAUUAGAAUUAUUAAUCGUUCGAGUGCAAAUGUAAACUGGUAAUAAUUAUUGUACAUUAAUUUUUUUUAGCAAAGUGGGAAAAGUGAAACAAUUGAAGUGACCAAUUAGAUGAAAUGAACUUA